CCCUUUGCCACUUCUAUUGCUCGGUAGUUUGUUCAAAUUGCCAUCAUAACGGCGACAGCGCAUUUGUGACUGACCUCCUUUGCUUGAACCGCAGUAUCAACCCUUAUCGUGGCGAUGGCCAUUGUCCUGCCAGUUGCCCUCUUGGCCUAUGGUGGGGCUAACCAAACCGUCGACAUUGUGGUUUCCUCGCUUCUGACGAACUAUGCGGAUAUCGCCGCUUCGAAAGUACGAUUUAUUGGGGCCUCCGUUUAUCAGACGACGCAAGCUGUGGCGGGACUUCCUGCGUUCGUUCGAGUCCUCAACGCCCUGCAACCAGGCGUCCCACAUGACUUCCUCGGGGACACAGACAUGGUGUUGUCGUUUUAUGAAUCGGUGUUUCACCAGCCACUAGUCAACGGAGUUGGCUUUGGCAGAUUAGAUGCGGGGGACCUGCUUCUUGUCUCGCCAGGGGAUUCAGGCGUCUACUGUUAUAAUCAUACAGAUCCGGCAAUACCGUUCUGCGAUGCACUCCUUGUCACGGCCGUGGAUGCGGCAACCCUGUCUGUUCAAACCCAGCGCACACCCAAGGUUGUUCCGUGGGAAGUCCAUAACGAGACUCUACACCAAUCAGGCUUAGACUUUAUGCCGCCAUUCGCCAUUUGGACCCCCUCGCUCUGGUAUCCAAUUUCUGCUCCAGACGGUACAAUCACGGUCAAGGGUGUCAGCUCCCUCAUAUGGGGCAUCUCUAAGGGUGUAUCUUUAGGCGCGAAUACCAUCGUCCCCCCUACCGGUUACAUGGACACCACCCUUUUUUUGGCGAGCCUGUCGACUACCUUACAGGAAAUCUCCUUGACACCCAAUGCUAUCAUCGCAAUCUGGGACUCAGCCGGCAUAAUCGCCGUGAGCCGACCGAAUCAGGUCCUGAACGUGACUGGGUCGGGAAGCACAGCGGUUUACGUGGCCCACCACCCGGAGACCCACCCCUUGGAACUGAUUUCAGUUCCGACCGCUGGGUUCAAAAAAAAGUAUGGCACAUACAGCCAGUACCCGAUGUACAUGGAGGGCAGCUUUGACACAUCAAUUGGAAAUGUUUGGGUGCAAGCACGCCGCGUAACUGACUACGGGAUGGACUGGUUCAUACUCGUUUCGGUUCCGGCCACGGACAUCAUCGCGCCUAUCGUCGCGUCGCGGAAAAAAGUUAUCGUCACGUCGGUGGCUGUGGCGGUCGGUAUGCUUUUUUUCGCCGCGGCGAGCAGUUUUGUCGUCACAAUGCCACUCCGGAAGCUAUCGAACGUCAUGAAGCAGGCAACCAAGAUGGACUUCAGUGCUUUGCGUGACGGAUACUUGGAUCGUAAAUCAGUGGUUUCCGAACUGGCUCAAAUGCAGGAGGUCUUUGCGAUCAUGAUGGAGAAGUUUGCAAAUGCCAUUCAAUCCAACAAGAAUCUUGCCACCCGCCAAACGGGAAGUGCUUCGCAGUCUCAGUCUCAUGCCGCUGGCUCGCGUCCCACGACGAAGCUUCAUUGAACAUCGGGACUGAUCCAGCCACGGACUCGGAUAGUUCUUCAAGAAACACUUCCAGCUAGCACAAUUCAACAAUGAUAUAGCUCAUCUCCGAAAACGAUGAGGCGGGUUAUAUAACAGUAAUGAAAAGGGGUCCAUUCGAGUGGAGACCGAUGAUAAGAUUACUUCAACCAAAGCU